CAGAAGCAUUUUUAAGAUUCUUUAAUUAUAUCAGACAGAGAGAUAUGAGUUUUGUAGUUCGUCUUCUUGUGUGUCUCUUAUUGACGCUUACAAUUACAUCUCUCGCCCGCAACCCUGUUUCCGUUUCAGGUGGGUUUGAGAAUUCUGGAUUCGAAAGAAGGAGGUUGUUGAUGGUGAACGUUGAGGAUUACGGUGACCCGUCUGCAAAUCCUAAACACAAUCCCGGCGUUCCUCCGUCAACUACCGGCCAACGUCUCGCUGGAAGAGGCUGACCUAAUGUUUAGUUAACCAAGAAGGAAAGAACUCGGUCUUGUUUACAUCUUCAGUUUGUCUGAGAUCAAAUCUCAGUUUCUAUAACUUUCUCUAGUUUGUUUAUAUAGAUAUUUCUCGUUCUCCCCCAUACAACUUCAAUUUUUUUCUUGAUAAUGGUUAUGACUUGGUACCUUAUUUUGCCAAUUUGUGUCUAUGCAAAAUGAUUGAAUCAAAAGAGCAAACUCUA